UGCUGAUGUAACUACGUGUUUACCCACCUCAUUUCCUCUAUUUUCCAAAUAGUACUGCACCUCAUUUCCUUCCUAAUUCCGUCAUACAUUAAACACAAUUAACCUUUCUCUCUCAUGGGACAAAGGGAAGAUGGAAAAACUCUAAGUGAUGAAUAUGAAGUGACAGAUAUACUUGGAAGAGGAGGGUUUUCAGUAGUGAGGAGAGGAACAAGAAGAAGAACACUACAUUCGGGUCAACAUCAUGAAGUUGUUGCCAUUAAAACCCUCCGGCGGUUCGGGCCACCACCGGCGCCGGAGAAGAAGUCUCUUAAUAAAUCUCGAGUACCACAGGCGGCUUUGAUAUCCGAAACUCUACUGACGAACGAGCUGUUAGUCAUGAGGAAGAUCGUCGAAGAUGUUUCUCCUCAUCCUAACGUCAUUCAUCUCUACGACGUUUGUGAGGAUCCUUCUGGAGUUCAUCUCAUUUUGGAGCUUUGCUCUGGUGGUGAGCUCUUUGAUCGGAUUGCUGGGCAAGCAAGGUGUUUGAGGACGCAGAGUUUUAAGAAAUAUGGUAAUUUUUCUAACAGGUAUAAUGAGGCUGGGGCUGCUGCUGUGGUGAGACAGAUAGCUAAGGGGCUAGAGGCGCUACACGGGGCAAGUAUAGUUCACAGGGACUUGAAACCAGAGAACUGUCUAUUCUUGAACAAGGAUGAGAAUUCACCGUUGAAGAUUAUGGAUUUUGGGCUGAGUUCUAUUGAGGAUUUUGCAAAUCCAGUGGUUGGUUUGUUUGGUUCCAUAGAUUAUGUAUCACCAGAAGCACUUUCAAGGGAAAAUAUCACCACUAAAAGUGAUAUUUGGUCACUUGGUGUUAUCCUUUACAUUCUCCUCUCUGGGUACCCACCUUUCAUCGCGCCGUCCAAUCGGCAAAAGCAACAAAUGAUAUUAAAUGGGCAGUUCAGUUUUGAUGAGAAAACCUGGAAAAACAUAUCUUCAUCGGCAAAACAACUAAUUUCCAGUCUCUUGAAAGUUGAUCCUAACAUGAGGCCUACUGCUCAAGAGAUACUUGAACAUCCAUGGGUGACAGGAGAUUUGGCAAAGCAAGAACAGAUGGACGCCGAGAUUGUUUCCCGUCUCCAAAGCUUCAACGCUCGGCGCAAGUUCAGGGCAGCAGCUAUGGCCAGUGUCUUGAGCAGCAGCUUUUCCUUGCGAACUAAGAAAUUGAAGAAAUUGGUUGGUUCAUAUGACUUGAAGCCUGAAGAAUUACAAAACCUUAGCCACAAUUUCAAGAAAAUAUGCAAAAAUGGAGAAAAUGCAACUUUACUGGAAUUCGAAGAGGUCCUCAAAGCUAUGGAAAUGUCAUCUUUAGUGCCUUUAGCUCCCAGAAUAUUUGAUCUAUUUGACAAUAACCGUGAUGGAACAGUAGACAUGAGAGAAAUAAUUGGUGGCUUCUCAAGCCUCAAGUAUUCCCAAGGGGAUGACGCACUUCGUCUUUGUUUCCAGAUGUAUGAUACAGAUCGAUCAGGCUGCAUUAGCAAGGAAGAAGUUGCGUCCAUGUUGAGAGCACUUCCUGAAGACUGCCUUCCAAUUAAUAUAACAGAACCAGGAAAACUUGACGAGAUAUUUGAUUUAAUGGAUGCAAACAGUGAUGGUAAAGUUACUUUUGAUGAGUUCAAAGCUGCUAUGCAAAGAGAUAGUUCCCUUCAAGAUGUAGUCCUCUCUUCUCUUCGUCCCUCUUAAUUAAUUCCUUUAUUGAAUUUUUCCUCUUUUAAUUUGUAAUAACACGCUAAUUCUAUUAAUAUCUCUAACUUUCUAUGACAAUGAUUUAUUAUUUUUAUCA